GCCCCAGUGCAUCACGAGACGAACCAUCAAGGAUCGCUAAAAUCACCGCCCCGAGGAUAACACAGGACGAGACCCUCAAGGAUGCUAUGACCAAGAGGUCUCAUGACAGUAUAACACCCUCGUCGCAUGCAGAGUCCUCUGUUCGGCAGGCAAUCCAAGAUGCGGACGGUGACGGGAGUCACGAGGACGCGGAGGGCUCAUCGCUGAAGAAGCCACGAUCGUUCAUGGCUACGUUAGCAUGCGAUCUCUGUCGUUCCAGAAAGACACGAUGCGACGAAGACCGGCCGAAAUGCGGCUACUGCAAGGCCAUGAAUCUGGAGUGCACAUACCAAUCACCUCGAGUGACGAAGAAAGAUCAAUCUAUGGCCGUGGCCAUCAACGCCAUUCGUCGACUCGAGUCCAAAAUCGAGGACCUCACAGCAGCCAUCAAUGCGCCUAAGGUGGCGUCUCCAACAUUACCUACGCGCCCAGUACCAAUAUUCGACCAGCGAUCACCCUUUUCGACUCUCUCUCAACCAAGUCCCGUAGGCCAUGUUCAGAUUCUCCCCUCUCUUCCCCUACGUCAAGAUCGGACGAGCAUCCACGAGAUUGCCAUGUCGCCCCAGGCUAUGGGUACACCAGCCAAGAGCCCAUUCCAUGCCUCUGAGAUGAUCAGCAAGGUGGAAUUGUCUUUCAGUCAACAUCGAGUUACCGUAUGGCCUGCUGUCGAACAAGUCCUACCCGCCGAAUUUGUCUCUGCCCGUGCCGAACUUCCCCAAGACUACGUGGUCGAAAUCGAGACCCAGAGGAUACCGUUAGCGAUACACAUUGAUCGUCCAUACGGCACGUCUUCUGAUUCCUGGUUGAUGGAUCUUCCUCAGUCAGUCGUGAAAGGGCUUGCGGAUGCGUAUUUCGCCGUCUUUAAUCGUACCACACCUGUGCUCGACAAGUUCUUUUUCUACUCCAGUACCCUGGGUAUGGCAACAGAGAACGAAUUUGGAUAUGACAUUGAGUCAUGCUUACUACUAAAUGUAUUGGCACUGGGCUGUUUGGCAGUCAAAGCGCAUGAGGAAGGUGACUUUGCGCUUCCUUCUCGACACGCCUCAUCGGGUCGGGGCUUUGUACGGCCGGAGUGGUAUGGGUUAAUACUCGACGAUUCGCCGGGUCUCAAGUUCUUCAAUGAAGCUCGAAAGCGUUUUGGUUUCCUCAUGUGCCAGAACGACCUUCAAACGGGCCAAUUCUACAUGCUCUCAACUCUUUACUACGCUCAAAUACUCCGACCGAUGGACUCUUGGAUGACGGUCAAUCGGGCAGCGCUUUGUUGCACGAGCAUCUUGACUCGCACAGGAUCAGUUGACUUUGAUCAGUGGGAAGGUGACAUGUUCAGCAGACUUUUCUGGAGCACGCUCAUGUACGAGGCGGUCAUUACACAGGAGUUGGACACUCUUCCACACAGCGGACUGCUCGAAUAUGAACCUGAUAUGCCGAUACCAAAGUUCACGCCUUGCCCACGGCCCAAAACAUCGAUCUCUGGGCUACUUACAGACGAGGACGACUCAUUUUUCAACUUUCACUUUCUUGCACAGGCUGCGCACCGCAUCAUCCUGACUCGCGUUAAGCAGAGCAUAUAUUGUUUUGCAGAGAAGGAGGGAUUUCCAACUGCGAGUAUCACGACAGAGAUGCACCAUCAACUGGAGCAGUGGCGUGCCAAUCUCCCACCGUCUCUUCAGUUCUUGGACGACGAGAGCGUAGACGACUCACCAAGCCCGGCACACGUCAUUGCUAAAGCUAUGCUACGCAGUCGCUAUCUCGUUGCCAAGUUCCACAUCGGGCGACCGUUUCUCUACAAAGCAUUGCAUGCACCCACCUAUACGAACGACGCUGAGUACAACGAGAUCCGGGAAGGACUUCGAGGUGGCAUGUACUGGCCGACUACAAUGGGACUCUGCGCGCAGAUGCAGUCCGCUCUUCCGAUCAAGUUCGGUUGGUGUUCCCAGUGCUUUGGACAAGUCUUGUUGUUUCAUGCGGUGGCACGGUCGCCGGAUCGGAAGUUGAGGGACACGUUGCCAGUGGGUUGGCUAGAGUGGGUGCAGGUCAUGAUGGCGUUCAUUGAGAGCUGUUCUAGAGACAGUCCUGGGAUCGCGAAGGAUGUUGAGUUGUUGCGUUUACUGUAGGAUGAUUUGUACGUUUCGAUAAGUGAUAGCUCUCGACAUAGUCAUGUCGUCGUGCAAUCACCACCUUUGGCUUUCGUUUUGUGACUGGAGCGUUUUCAGGAGGAUGGGUGUUUAGAUGGAGUACAUGGCGUUGGCUAAGCACGAUUGUGGUUGGGGUAUAGGUUGUACGUAGCUCGGUCUGGCCGAAGUUGGGUAUCCAGACCUAGCAGUAGCCAUUCAACUUGUUAGUUGCACC